AUGAGUUCCAUAUAAUAUCCAGAGUAAUUUUCAAUAGCUGCUAUUAAGUUUGGAGAAGCUCACAGUGAAGAUAAGGCAAGUUUUGUAAAAGGCUUAAGUGUAAUUCAACGAUCGACAAUAAGAAAUUUAACAGGGCUACAUUGAAGACCUUAGAUAAUACUGUAAUAUUGUGACAGUUUGUGAAGCGUAGUUAAUCUUGAGUUUGGGAGAGUAUGAUUUAGCUUAUUUGGGAGAAGUGAUAAAAGUAAUAUUACAGUAUUAUCAUGAAAGACUCUAUCUGGAUAUCAUUUGGUUAUCUUGAAUAAUUUGUUAUUAUGGAUUCAAUAAUUCUAACUACAUUUAUCUCCACAUCCCAGGAGUGUGCCUUUUGAAUGUUUAAUAUAAUAGAGCAUAAAAGAAAAACAUAAGGUGGCUAAGGUCAAUUAAAGUCGAGCAAGUAUUGAAAUGUCAUCAAUUGGUGAUUUUAUUCAUAAACUCUCGAUUAAUAGUAAAAACAUUAUUGAUUCGCAUCCAAGUCCAAAGGAGGUUCCUUAAGGAAUGUAAAUUGUAGAAGAAGAAACUGAAAAAAUGAGAGAUGCUAUUAAAAAUAAUUAAGGAAUGUUAAAAAAGCUAUUGAUACAAAAAAAGAAGGUACAUCAAGAGAUUUAAACAAAUAUGAGUAGCUUUGAUAUUAUGUUUUUAUAAGAACAAAAUUAAGAGCUUAAACAAUUAAUUGACACAACAAGUUCAAAUUAUGAGAGAAGAUUGAAAGAAGAGAUAAUCAAGUAUUAAGAAGCUAAAAUAAUAAUGAAAGCUUAAAAAUCAGAAUUAGAUCAUAAAAUAAGUUUGAUUGAGGCAUAGGGAAGUGAAAUAUUGAAAUUAAAAAGUAGAAAAUAAGUAAAUAGUUUAAUUAAGAAAUUCAUACAAAUUCCAACAAUUGAAGAAAGGAACAAAAGAUUUAGCAUAAGUUAAGAUAAAAAUAAUAGAAGCAUUGUGUUUUCUAAUUAAAAAAUAAGAUCUACUUCUUUACCAAGAAUUGAGAGAAGUUUUGAAAGCUUUAGUAAAAGGUUAGACUUAUAAAUUUCAAAAAAUUCAAUACCAAAUCAAGAUAGCAAAUACCUUUAUUAAAAAUUAAUGUUACCUUAAGAACAAGUACAAUUUCUUAAAGCAUGUCAAUAUGUUGGAUUAUAAUAUCCACCUAAUUUAUUUGAAAAUUAAGAAGGAGGAGAAUCACCAAAAUAUAAUUAAUUUAUCAAAUUAAUUUAAUAACUUAAAGUUAGACAUUCAUAAUGUAUGCCAAAGUGUGAUCAUUUAAAUUUUUUGUAAUGA